AUGGCAGCUGGAGAGUCCCCUCCCGUAGGAGAUGUCUUCAUCGACCUGCAGCAGGGCAGAGAUCACGCAGAGAAAGCCUCUCCUGGUGCCGAGGACGAUGAGGACUUGGAUAAGACUUUGUCAAUCGAGAGAUUUGGGGACCUGAUAAGCAAGUCAGCAUCAAGCAAUCUGGAGAAGCAAAGACGCAGCUACAGUGAGAGAGAUUUUGAAUUCCACCGUCAAACCUCGCACCACAUCCAUCACCCCCUUUCCACUCACCUCCCUUCUGCCCUCAAGUUCCAAAAGAGGCCCCCCCGUGCCAGCAGGAGGAAAAAAAGGAGGAGGAAAAAGAAAAAAACCUCAGUACCCCCCUCAGAGGUCACCCCCACCAUCCAGGAAGAGGACGAGGAGGGGGGAGAAGAGGAGGAAGAAGAAGAAGAAGAGGAAGAAGAGGAAGAAGGAGAGUCUGAGGCAGAAGAGGCCCAGGAGAAAGAGAUCUCUGCAGAGUCUGAGGGCGAAGCUCUUGGGAAGGACACAUCCCUUAAGCUGGAGCCCCCACGCAAACCAAAGUUCACCAUCGGCAGCGAUGAGGAGGAGUCCGGCAGCGCUCUGCCCCCCGCACAGUUCCACGUGGAGGAGGAGUGUGGCAUCCUGUCUCCCAUGCCACACUUCGCCGACCUGCUGCAGGACAAGGGUCCUGCCUCCCUCCGCAGCCUCCCUGGGCCUCGGGAACGUCUGUCUCGCGGGUGGGAGAAGCGCAAGCCCUGGGGCCAGGUGGCAAGCGGACAGCGGGUUACCUAUGACUUGAAGGAGAGGAUGUGCAUCGGCAGCAUGACCACGCUGGAGAGCGCGGCGUACCAGCGUGUCCCCACGGACGAGGCUGAGGCCCAGAUGCUGGCGUCGGCUGACUUGGACGGCAUGAAAAGCCACCGCUUUGAAGAUAACCCUGGUGUGAGGAGGCAUCUGAUGAAGAAACCAUCUCGGAGUCAGAUCACCAGGACGAGCAAAAAAUUAGCAUCAACUCCAUCUGUCAAGAAGAAGAAGAAGAAGAAGAAGUUGGAUAGAAAGCCCCAUGAGGUGUUUGUGGAACUGAAUGAGCUGGUGGUGGAUAAGAACCAGGAAAUGCACUGGAGGGAGACGGCCCGCUGGAUCAAGUUUGAGGAGAAUGUGGAGGAGGACACAGCAAGGUGGGGGAAACCCCAUGUGGCUUCACUGUCCUUCCGCAGCCUGCUGGAGCUCAGGAAGACAAUUGCCCACGGUGCCGUCCUCCUUGACCUGGAGCAGACCACUCUGCCUGGCAUUGCUCACCUCAUGGUGGAGACCAUGAUCAUCUCUGACCAGAUCAGAGCAGAAGACCGAGCCAACGUGCUGCGUGCCCUGCUCCUGAAGCACAGCCACCCCAAUGACGAGAAGGAGGGCUUCUUCCCGAGGAACCACUCCAGCUCCAGCAUGAACUCCAUCGUGGGGAACCACCACCAUAACCACACCACUGACACCUGCGUGCCCCUCAUGGGAGAAGAACGCAUCGAAAUGGCCGACCCCAAGGCUCAUGAGACCGAGUGCAAGGAGAAAAAUCCACAUCUCCAUAACUCUGAGGGCCACCGUAAAUACCUGAAGCUGAUGGAGAAGAUUCCUGAAGACGCAGAGGCCACAGUGGUCCUUGUGGGUUGUGUGCAGUUCCUGGAGCAGCCAACUAUGGCCUUUGUCCGACUAAAUGAGGCCGUCUUCCUGGAAUCUGUCUUGGAGGUCCCAAUUCCUGUCAGAUUCAUCUUUGUGCUGCUGGGACCGAGCCAGGCCAACAUGGACUACCAUGAAAUUGGCCGCUCAAUCUCAACCCUCAUGUCUGACAAGCACUUCCAUGAGGCUGCAUACAUGGCAGAUGACCGUCAAGACCUCCUCAACGCAAUCAAUGAGUUCUUGGACUGCAGCAUUGUCAUCCCCCCAUCAGAGGUGGAGGGGAAAGACUUGCUCAAAUCCAUUGCCACCUUCCAGAAGUUGUUGCUGAGGAAGAGGAAGGAGAGGGAACAGAAGUCCAUGAAGGAGGGGACUGCCCAGGAAGCCAAAGAGCUGUGUGAAGUGAAAGCUGAGGAAGAAGAGGAGGAAGCUGAGGACGACCCUUUGAAGCGGACCGGGAUAUUUUUUGGAGGUCUGGUUCGGGACAUAAAGCGCAGGUACCCCAAAUACCUCAGUGACAUCAGAGACGCCUUGCACAGCCAGUGUCUCGCGGCCGUUCUCUUCAUCUACUUUGCUGCUCUCUCUCCUGCCAUCACCUUCGGGGGACUCCUAGGAGAGAAAACUGAGGGUCUCAUGGGGGUCUCCGAGCUGAUAAUCUCCACCUCGGUUUUAGGGAUCCUCUUCUCCCUGCUCGGAGCCCAGCCGCUCCUGGUCAUUGGCUUUUCAGGGCCUCUGCUGGUGUUUGAAGAAGCUUUUUACAAGUUCUGCCAGACACAAGGCAUUGAGUAUCUGACAGGCAGAGUGUGGAUUGGUUUGUGGCUCAUCGUCUUCAUCUUCAUUAUCGUGGCAGCUGAGGGAAGCUUCUUGGUGCGCUACAUCUCACCCUUCACCCAGGAGAUCUUUGCUUUCCUCAUCUCCCUCAUCUUUAUCUACGAAACCUUCUACAAACUGUACAAGGUGUUUGCAGAACAUCCUCUGCUGAAGUUCUACCCACCGAACGUGCAGAGCGGCCUGAAUGCCAGCAUGCUCUCUGCGGAUGCAAUGCCACUGGGAAUCAGGAUGCAGCCCAACACCGCUCUCCUCUCCCUCAUCCUCAUGCUAGGCACCUUCUUCAUUGCCUUCUUUAUGCGCAAGUUCAAGAACAGCCGUUUCUUAGGAGGAAAGGCUCGGCGGAUCAUCGGAGACUUCGGGAUCCCCAUUUCCAUCCUGGUCAUGGUGCUGGUGGAUUACACAAUCACUGACACAUACACACAGAAGCUGAAUGUGCCCUCUGGCCUGUCGGUCACAUCUCCUCAUAAGCGUGGCUGGUUCAUUCACCCCAUGGGCAGCAGCGGGACCUUUCCAAUGUGGAUGAUGUUUGCCUCUGCCAUCCCUGCCCUCCUGGUCUUCAUUCUUAUCUUCAUGGAGACACAGAUCACUACGCUGAUUGUGAGCAAGAAGGAGAGGAAGCUGCUGAAAGGCUCUGGCUUCCACCUGGACCUGCUGCUCAUUGGCACUAUGGGGGGGCUUUGUGCACUCUUUGGGCUGCCCUGGCUCACCGCAGCAACAGUGCGCUCCGUCACCCAUGUCAAUGCCCUGACGGUCAUGAGCAAGGCCAUUGCACCAGGAGAGAAGCCCAAGAUCGAGGAGGUGAAGGAGCAGCGUGUGACUGGAGUGCUUAUUGCUGCCCUUGUUGGUCUGUCCAUUGUGAUGGGGAACAUGCUGCGGCAGAUCCCGCUGGCUGUGCUUUUCGGCAUCUUCCUCUACAUGGGGGUUACAUCACUCACUGGCAUCCAACUCUACGAGCGGCUGCUCCUCAUCUUCAUGCCAUCCAAGCACCACCCUGACCACAUCUAUGUUGUUAAGGUGAAGACCUGGAGAAUGAAUCUCUUCACCUGCAUUCAACUGGCUUGCAUUGUGCUGCUCUGGGUGGUGAAAUCUACAGUGGCAUCCUUGGCCUUCCCCUUUGUCCUGAUCAUGACAGUGCCAUUGCGACGAUUCGUGCUGCCCCGCUUUUUCCAUGACAGGGAGCUCAAAGCGUUGGACUCAGAGGAUGCAGAGCCGAACUUUGACGAGGAUGGCCGGGACGAGUACAACGAGCUGCACAUGCCUGUGUGA